GAGUAGCGGUACGUUGUUUCUGCACCUCGUGCCUCAGAACCAACCAGAACACCCAAGUUCCGUAGAGAAUGCGUCCAUGAGAACAGCCCCCUUGUUCACUCUUUCGGUUCCAACAGAGCAAAGUUAAAAGUAGUCACAGAGGUCUGUCGCUUCACAUCUCAACGGCGAUUGCAUCGUAUUGUCAACGCUACAAUGAUUACGACGGGAUGCCUUGUGUUAAUGGCUCUGGUUAAUUACGUUGCUCCAUUACCAGUGUCUAAAGGGGAGAAUGAGGACAUCAGGGUGAUGAAGUGCAUUGUGGAGGUAAUCGCAGAUGCUCUUUCCAGGCCACACCCCUUACCUGUCAGUCAACAGUGCCUGGAUAUACUAAGGACAGAUGAACGUUUGGUUUCCAUCCUACGCCAUCAAAACUUUCUGAAAGAGCUGCAGGAUAUAGCCGUGGAAGGAGCCAAUGAGAGGGCCAAGCUGACAGAGAGCCAGGCAGAUGUGACGGGUCAGGUGACCAAACUGCCCCAGGAUGCUCCAGAGGAGCUAGAGGCAAAUCCAGAUCGAUCCAUGCUGCUGGCUGGCACGAGGCCUGGAGCGAAGCGCGGGGCGGAGGAGGAAGAGGAGGAGGGGGAGGAAGAGUCGGAGAGCACGGAGAGGGAGGCCACCGAGUCCCAGGAGUCCCAGGAAGGGAACGAGAUCGGAGGCCGGGAGACGGAGAGCAGCCACGAGGAACAGAACCCCAGCAACCACAUCUCCGACUCCAUGAACCAGGAGCACAAGAGCGCAGAGGAGGAGGAAGAGCUGGCGGGCGAAGAGAAGGAGAAAGAGAAGGAGGAGGUGGAGGAGGAGAAGAAACAGAAGAAACAGACUAGUUCAGAGGAGGAGGAGGAAGAAGAGGAGGAGGAAGAGGCCACGGCACAGAAUGGGAAAGUGAGCGGCGGUCCAGGAGAGACCUCCGAGGCAAAGCCAUCCGCCGAGGAGGUAGAGGAGGAAGAGGAGAAGAGGACAGCUACGGACAGCGCUGAGGCCGAGAGGAAGAAGAAGGGAGUGAAGGGAGAGGCCAGUGAGGAGGUGGAGGAGGAGGAGGAGGUGGAGGAGGAGAAGAAGAGAGGCGUCGGUGCCAAGCGCUGGAGCGGGUUGACCCACCAGCCCCACGGCCUGCAGGCCCAGAGGAGAGCUCCGGUAGAGCAGGAGGAGGUGCUGGAGGAGGCCGAGGAUCAGGAGGCGGCGGAGGAGAAGGAGAGGAGGAGGUCCAGCGAGUACAAGCAGCUGCAGGAGGUGCCCCACCACUCGAAGGAGGCGUCCACGGAGGAGGAGGAGGAGGAGGCCACCCCCGGGUUCCAGCGUAGCCCCGAGGAGAGGGAGCUCCGCCUGAUGGCCAAGAGAGAGCCGGACGACCGGAGAGACGAGGAGGGGAGCGCCACCAGGAAGGCCGAGGACCCUGAGAUCGAGAGUUUGGCCGCCAUCGAGUCCGAGCUGGAGAGCGUGGCGAAGAAGCUCCAUGAGCUGCGGCGUGGCUGAGCGGCUCCCUCUCCCGCCUCCCCUCCCCGGGGCUGAGCUUCCUCGUCACCCUCCUCUUCCUCCUUCACCAGUUAGCUGCCCUGCACUUAGACGCGCGGUGCGUUCACGGCAAGGCAGAGGCCCUCGUCGGCACCCCCUCCCUUUUCCUGUCCCCCACGGUUUGGGCCUCCAGCCACCUUCUGCUGGAGAGAGUGACCCCCUAACUCCCUGACCCUUCCUUUCUCUUCGCUCUCUCCUGCUCGUUUCCUCGAAAAAGGACGAAUCUCGAUAGAAGCCCCCCCAGCCGUCUGAAAAUACGGACUUCUGACCCCUCUUUGCUCCUGCUGCUCCUCCCUGGCCUGCCGCUGCUCUCGUCUCCGCUUAACGCUCGACAAAACGGUUCGCUCGCUCUCUCGCUCGCUUCGCCCGAAAAAGUACCUGAGCCCUGCGCGACAUCUCCGUGACAACAUGAUAAAUCAGUCUGUAUUAAUGUUGUAAUGCAAUCCAGAGCUAACUACUUGGGGAUAGUAUGAGUUUGUGUAUAUGCAAAUAUAUAGAAAAAAAACAAUCUUAUGUUGUUCUUUCUAAAGAAACAAUGUUAUUCUGAACCCAUUGGGCUCAGAAGGUCCUAAGAAAUGCAAUAAUUGAUAAUUUUUCGUAGAUUUAAAGAAAAAAGAAAAUUAACACUUGUAUUUACUAUCUGUAUGGAAUUUAGCUAAGAAAAACAAUAAAUACGAAAGAGUUA